GUGCAGUGCUUAUUAACCUAGAUCAUGAUGUCCACUAGCUAAGCGGCUACCUUUUUAUGCACGCAUUUCUAUAGCGCAUGCGCACAGCUUGUUCAUUGUGGGCCUCAAGCCAACAGCGCGCACCCAAAAGUAUAAACAAGAUGUCGGCCAUCAACGCAUAAGCACAGCGCACCACCUUACAAUGCGCAGAAAAACGGGACCGAGAUAAUCGCGCAGGUCCACACGCAGAGCCGCACCGGAGAAAGCAAAAUGUACCGCGCUCGUGCUUGCAGAGUAGCGGGACUCGCGGUCCUCCUCGCAUUACCCAUCGCGUUCGCGCAGGAGGGCUUCACGGCACAACCUACUGUCACUGCGGCUAAGCCAUCGCUACCAGUCGCUGCUCCGGCGACAGUUGCCGGCGGUCGCACGCUUAAGAAGAGGCCCAAUCCUUCGCAGUCGCUUGCGGGACCCAGUGCGGCAAUGAGGGACGCCCUGGAAAACUUCCAAGUGAACGAGAACCGCAUCAUCCGCACCGAGGAUUCCCGGCGUAUGGGUGCGCGAUACCUGAACGAAACCGAGCUGAGCUCCAACCGAGACUGCAUACUGUGGUGUUGGGAGACGACAAGCUGCAACGUAGCCGUGUUCGAAGAAAAGGGAAAAGGCAGCUGUUACCUGUUCGACUGCGGGCCGCCCUCACACUUCCUGUGCCUCUUCACGACCCAUGCGUUCUACACAGUUUCUGUGCUCACCGUGCCCACUCGCAACACCGAGGCCCCCCUCUGGCCCGGUUCUCACCACGAACAAGAACUCACACAGCUGCGCCAGCCCCGUCCCCUCGCCAGUGCUGAUGGACCACCGCACAAUCCACCUGCAGUGACGCAGGCACCCAAGUUGACCACAAGCACGAGCAGCUCGCACCAAGUGAAUGUGGGCCAGGCCGAGAGUGACCAAGAUGAUCCAUCAGACAGCCACCGAUGUCAACACUAUCAGUUCCGCUGCCAAAAUUCCAGUGAAUGCAUUGCUGUCUACAACGUCUGUGAUGGCAUUCCGCAAUGUGCGGAUGGAAGCGAUGAGGCCGAGGACCUGAAGUGCCCUGGUGCAAAGAUACCUGAGGCUAGCAGUGCUACUGCCAACCCAUCCACGACGACUUUGCCAACCACAGCCGAACAUGCUAGACCAGGAAGCACAACUGCGGUGGACACGGAACAGCAGGACAGAGUACCUCCAGCCAAUCCUCUGCAACCUUCCUCGAAUGACGACAGUCCCCGGCACAACUCUGCAGUUGAUAUGGGAGGGAGAAUUCCAAAGCCUGUGCUCAGUGGCCACAACAGCUUCUCAUCUUUGGCUCACAACAACAGGCUUCGUUGGGGCGAUGAAAGCAGCCACAGUCACGCGCGGCCAGAGUACAGAGACCCAUACGAAGAACCUUUUGCAGCAGAACAGACCAAGUACUACGACUACGGGCAGGCUUACCCUGAGAGCUACCGGUACUGGAUUAACGACGCUGACACGCAGCUCUACCCCAUGGUAGCUGAUGGAAUCAUCCAGCCACAGAACUUCAGAGCCCAGAAGCCAAGGAUGAACCUUCAGCAACACCAAUACCAGCAGCAGCAGAUGCAGCAGCAAGAGCUUCAGCAGCAGCAACAGCAAAGGUUGCAGCAGCAGCAGCGCUACCAGCAGCAGCAGUUUCGCCAACACCAGCUCAAGCAGUUGCAACACGAACUGCAGCAGCAGAAACAGCAAGUGUCGUCUAUACAAGACUACCCACCCAGUCACUGGAAGAUAGGUCAUGGCCCCUUGGGUCCCGUGGAUCAAGGUGACAGCUAUGGACCACAGCCAUACCCUCCGACCCUGGCUCCUUACAGUCGACGUCUACACCCUGGUAUUGGAGGCCAUUCAAACCGACCAGUGCAGAGUUUGCCACAGGAUAUGCAAAGCAGCAAGCUAGCGGAACAAUCUGUAGGCCAGCAACAGGGUCUCGUGCAAGAAUCACAGUCUGACUCGCAGCUGGAGCCACAGCCACCACUGCAGGAGCAGCCAAAACUCAAGCCGCAUCCAGUGAUGCCAGCCAAACCGGUCGCACCAGCUGCCAAUGAAGAUGACACCUUCUAUCAGCCUGUUGUUGAAGUGGCACCCCCACCGGCACCCCAUCAAAGUAGUUCAAAGCACAUCUCAGAGCACCUGCAGAAGCCCCAUGCAAAACCAGCAAAGGCAACGGCUGGUUCUGAAGUGCCACAUCAUCACAAUGAGAGGCCUGUGCAAUACAGCAGACUCCAUGAGGUCGCUAACAUGCAGGUGAGCUUUACCCAAGUGGAGCAAGGGAGCCGUGGGGCUGAACAAGAAUCAGGCAGUGCCGUGCUGGCCCUCACAUUGGGUCUCUGCAUCACGGGUCUCCUGCUCGUGUUGGUCGGCUGUCGUCUUCGCCUGGCACGACACCGGCUAGCACGCCGGGGAGGCCGGUCGUCACUCGCACAUGAUGCAGACUACCUGGUCAACGGAAUGUAUCUCUAAGCCUCACUAACUCCGUAUGUUGCAAGUAUGUUGAUAGGGGAAGACAGAGUACCCUUUUGAAAGUUUGUAUCUUGAGACAAGAUGUGGCUCUCCCUUAAUGUCUGUUACACUUGACUUUAGUUAACUUCCCUCAAUUGGGAACAUGAAGUAUUGGUUCAAACUAUUCGCAGGUCGAAAUCGAUGGUGCCUUUGUGGUUACCAUCAGCGUGCGCAGUGGUAACAAGUCUUGCUUUGACAAGCAUGUGGAGAUGAGCACUGCGCAAGCAACCAUGCAAGUUUUAAAUUUGUCCUGAAGGUGCAGCAGUCAAGAAAAACGAGACAUGCAAGCGAAAAUCAGGUGGGAGAAAUUUUAGAAAGUUCAUAAAAAGCAAGGCAAGAAGGACGUUGCUCGUACACUGCGCAUAAACAAUGGGUUGGUGUGGCCAUUGGCCAAGGAAAUGUGCAGUAUACAUAUUGGCCAGCAUAUCAGGCAUUUCUAGUGCAUCGUAUCACUACUGCAACCCCGAACUUUACAUAGCGACACAAAUAUGCGCUUUUAAGUUUGUUACGUGCAGCUGACUUGUAAGUAAGCCUAAUUAACCACACAUACUGCCCCUUCUCAAAUGAGCAAGAAAAUAUUUCGAGUUCGAGUGGGCUUAAUUGUGCACAGGCAUGCAUGGUCAUCUGCUGAGAUCUCUGACUUAAGUGGAGAGCCAAAUUAAUGAAUGCUUAAUUAAUGGAAGCCAAUUAUAGCUUUAUCUCAUGCAGAUAAAGAUGCAGAUCCAUGCCUGGCCCGAGAAAUGAAGCUACUCCACAUGAUCAAGUAAACUCAAUCACAAUUUAAAAGAAAAGGCAUUUCUAGGAAGUCCUAGAAAUGCUUGAGGAAGUCCUCCUUACAGAAGGCAAUGAAGUGUUUUGGCUCACUAGCAUUACACACAAGGAACCUCAUGGUUCUAAGCUAUAUAGCCAUUCAUUCUGAUACUUGUCAUCAAUGAUACGCGCCCUGUGAAAUUGAUGUUAAUGUUUUACCUACAGCUAUGAGCAGGAUGUACGCAGCCAGGAAAUAUGAAAGGAAUCACCUGAUAUGCAUUCCACACCAAUAGAUGUUUUCACUUCCAACUAUCAAAUGAAAAAGUACUACACGAGGUGUUUUAGAAGCAAGAACUACUGAGCAUGCACCACUGACUAACAUUCCAACGAACACUCUUGCAGUAGCAAUUGCUUUAUUAUUAUUUAGGUGUCAUUUUUCAUACUGGCAACACCUGUGCAGUUGGCUCCAGAAGCCUGUGGGAUGAAUAUUUCAUGAAGACAAUUUCUGUUCAGUUUGGGUGUGUGGCUUGUAAAAGCAUACAACAGUGCUUGAUGGUACAUGUACUGUUGGCCACGAAAGUUAUACGGACAUAGGAUUUACAAAAAGAAAAUGAUUUCUCGUAAAGCCUGGGUACACGGUGUCGAAUUCAGUUUCAGUCUGUAAUAUACUCCAUUACCUACAUAACAAGCAACGUUACGAAGGCUACAGAGACUUCUUGCAUUGCUUGCAUUUGGGACCGAAAAAUAGACCAUCACAUAUGAAAGAAAUAUAGGUAUGCACAUGCAAAUCAAUAAUGUUAGGUCUCAUACUUUUCCGCUGCAAAAUAUUACGAAUUUUUACAUAGAAGGUGUUGGCGUUCCGAUCCUAUUAGCCACCGAAUCAGUGGAGCGGCAUGUCUCUGCUUCCAACAGCCACGGUGCACCGCUUGCACUCAUGACCAAAGCAUCGUACGCCACAUACUGGAAGCGCCAAGGUACACGAACAAUCUGUAAUUUGACAUAACUUUAUGCCCACAGUUGUAGUCAUUAUAUAUGAAGUAGUUAUUCUGUAGAAAGUGUCACAGCUCUAAAAGAGCUGCUCUCAAAAACGCAUGAAGUGAGAAUUCUAUGACUGCACUACUUGCAUUGCUUCUGCAAUGUUGCCUGCUAAGUAUGAAACGAAGUAGAGCAGCUUUUGUGACCUACAUAGUAGACCAUUAAAUUAGAAGUGCCGUGACUUCACAAAGCAGAAAUUCACAUUUGUUCUGGAGAUCACGUCCUGGAAAAUUUUGUGGCCAGCUGCACUAGUACAAACUACAACUAUGAAUUUUAGGCUGUGUGCCCAAGGUUCACAGAAAUUCAGCAUUUCCACGAAGGUCUCGGCCUGUAAACUGUUGGAAUCAACUGCAUGUGUAAGCGACUACUUUCUACGAGGGAGACAGAAAAACUGGUUUUUAAAAAAUGUUUCGGUCCGAGCUUGGCAGCCUCAUAAGUAAGUAGUAUGAAAGAUGAAAAGUAUGUUAAUGCUCAACAAACCACAGGAAAGUAAACACUUAGGUUCUUGAAAAUAUACAUGACCCAUUUGAAAUAUUGUACUAAUACAAAGCGCGUAACAGAUUAAACAUAAUAGUACAGUUGAACCUCGAUAUAACAAAUAUAAGAUACAAUGAAGUAAAUCUAAAUUGUUUCUCGUCAAUAUCAGCAUGUAAUAGAUAGAUGGUUAUAAUGAGAGAGAGAGAGUAAAACUUUAUUAACGUAAAUAAAACAAGGCACGAUGGUUGCAGCCCCUAUUCCAGGGCCCCACUGGCACGAGCGGCUCGCUGGGCUUGGUCCAGAAGAGCCAACUGGCUCUCCCGACCCUCGUCCGCAAGCCAUGCCUCCCACUGCCUAUUCCUCAUUAGUGGAUGUUCGUGUAAUAUGGGACUGUCUAUGUGCGGAGGCCUCCUGGGACACUCCCAUGUGAUGUGUUUUAGUGUGGGUGUGUCUGUGCACCACGGGCACUCGUCAGUGAACCUCGUGGGGUGUAUUCUGUGUAGGUGGUGCAGGUUGGGGUAUGUAUUCGUCUGAAUACGACGCCAGUCCCUCUCCUGUUGGCUGUUUAAAUCGGAGUGAGGAUGUCCAAAACGUCUCCGCUCCUGCCUUUGCUGAAGGAGGAUGUCACGAGAAUUCGGUGGAAGGUCAUCGCUAGGCCAUGCCGUUGCUCGGACGUUCAAACCUCGAGCAAUACGGUCUGCCCUAGCGUUUCCUGCCAGUCGCUCGUGUGCCGGACACCAGACGAUAGUGUGGUGCCCCUCUAGUUGAGUGCCUAAAAUUUUGAUUACUGAUUUGGGUGCCGUUCCUUGUAAAAACAGGCGGCAAGCCGCUUGUGAGUCGGAUAAUAUGACAGCCGAAUUGGUUUGGCGCUCGGCGUCCUGAAUGGCCAAGGCGAUGGCUGCAGCCUUUGCCACGCAUGCCGAGGCGGUUUUGAAGGAUGCCGUUGUUAUGUUGUUGUUGCAUGUAGAAACUAUGGUGAAAGUUUCUGAGCUGGCUAUAAUGAAUGUCACAUGUAACGAAGGUAUUUUCAUAUCGGAUGUGACAUGGUUUGGCUGUAUGACCUAACAAAAGUGAAGUGUUAACGACACUUCAUCAGUAAAAUACAGGUAUCAUACUUAAAUCAUACUUAACUAUGGAUACAGUAUGUGUUCCUAGAUGUCACAAAUAUGAUUUUGUAUGCACUGUAUAUUCUGCAUACUAAUUACCAUGCAUUAUUUCUCAUUCCCAAGUUCAAAAUGCAGAUGUGAAAUGGGACUUGAUAAUGGACGUACUGCUCGAGGGUUUGCCAUAUUUGCACACAUAUGAUGCAGCCUCAAAUAUACUGAGCAUUAGCCUUGGUCAAAUUUUUAUAAUCACUGAAGUGUUGUUAUUGCAGCUAUAAUGUUAUUGACACUGUAAAGGUGAACUGCAAUUGCAUGCGUAGGAAGCAGAACAUGACAGACAAGAAAAAAAAGCUUCAUGCUUGUCAAUCCUGUAGCACUAGUCAUUGUUGUGUGCACCACAAGAUCUAUGAUUUGUACUGCUCAGAUAAUGGGUAGUCAAGCCAAUGCGCUAUGGAAAAAAUAAAUAUUGAGUGGUAUUUGUAAAAUGGUAGUUGCAACUGUGGCACGAAGCACACAUUUUAUUGAGAAUAAAGGAGGACUAGCAUUGCAUUUGUGGAAAUACAGUACUUGCAAUUAAAAGGAUGGUCUUCACGCGCAUUGUGUGGAUUGAGUGAAAUUUUGUUUUUUGUCCUAGAUCAUCCACUGAGCUCUUGUGAUAAUUUCAAAGGUAGAGCAAGAACUUUUUGUACUGUUUAAAAUGCAAACUUUUGUUACUUCGCCGCAAAUGCUUGCUGUAAACUUAAGAAUGUCAUAGCACAAGUAUUUGUACAGUGAACAUAGUGUGAAAUGACGUAGGGUUUUUGUACGGCACUCUGUGUUUUGUGUUUUAUGUGGAUAUGUGUAAUAGAUGGAAUGACCAGAACAGCCAUACGGAGUGGUUGUGCUAAUGUAGACAACUAAGCAAAGACCUGUGUGCAGAGGGACUUUCAAAGGUAUUGAAAAAAGAGAAAAGAAAAAAAAAAGUUUACAGAUGCAGAUAAUGUAUCUUGCAGGCUAUGACAGAAAGGAUGAGGGAAGUAAUGCACCGCACAAGCAGGGCUAAUGACAGUAAGUGCUCUAGUUCCUCAUGGCCUCUUAGUGUAGUGAAUUAUAACAAACAGCAAAAAUCAUAAUGAUAAGACAAAUUCAACAUUUAAAGCUAAUUUGGAAUCUUACAUUAAAUUAAUAUGCUACACAUUACUCAAUUCAUCAACACCUUUUGGGUAACCAUGUCAUCGCAUCAUAAACACCUCGCAGCAGAAGCUUUUCCAACUUUUUAAAAUUUGUCUCCUCUGCAAGCAGAAGCAAAUAGGUAUGAUGUAACAUUUAUGUCAAUCAAAUUCAUGAGCGCCACUUUGCCCAUGAAAUAUUGUUAUCUUCAAAGUGGAUCGAUUGUUUUCAGCUUCACACUCUGCGCACCCAAGUUGCUUGCACAUAAGUUGUGGGCAACUUCUCAGCAUUGGCAUUACGAGAAAGCACUAUCAUGGGCUUUCUGUAUUCAUACGUGUGAAAUGUAAAAACAUUCUUGCAUGUAUGGCCAUUUCUGAGCCAAUCCAUCUGAAGUUUGCGGCAUUUAAUCCUUUCAGUUUUCUUUCUUUCUUGAUAUAAAAUGAACAUAACGGUUUGUGCAGAAGGGAAUAAAAUGACAAAAAUAAUGGCAAAUGCUCUCUUGGUAUCGUCCUCGCAUUAUUAUCUAAUGCCAGUGACAUGGUGCGAUAGAAACGUGAAAACAUGCCAAUACGUCAAUGAUGCUGAAAGGGUUAAAAGAAAAAGUUGAAAUCUGUGGACUUUUGGCAGAUUAGUAAUUAAAGCUUGCAGACUUUAAUGUUUAAGAACAAGAUUGUUAGAAAUUCUCAGCUGAAGCCUCAAGGCUUCAACUGUUGGGAUGCCUGUAGCAUAAAGGAGCUAUCAUAUUAACAGGACUCUCACAAAACUGAUAUAAACAAAUUAUUUCAUGCAAAGUCUAAACGACACAUUAGAUUUGUCUGCCCUAAAUUCUCCAAUGGUUAAAGAAUUGUGACAUCCGUUAUCAGUGCAGAGUUAUGAAGCUGUAGACAUGGCCACUUCAAUUUAUUCGAAAUUAAUCCAAUUUUUUAGAAACACCAGCAGGCCCGAGUAAACAAAGGUCCUCCAAACAGAGUUGAAUUUUUUCUUUCAAUUGCAACAAAGCUCACUCAAUUGGUAUAGCAGCUGCCUGAAUAGAGUUUCUACAUCUCGCAUGCCUUUGAUAGGUGAAGAGCUGAUCCCAAGCCCUUCAACCAAAAGGCUCAUUUACUGAAUUUCUACAUGUGGCACUGUGAAAAUGACAAUUAUGAAUUGAAGGCUUGAGGCACUUCUGCUAAUGGCUGUGGCUGUGUGGCACAGCUAUGAGGCUGACAAAAGAAUACAGCCUGUUGCAGACAGCACAACUUUGAACCAACAACAACAAGCAUGAUCUCAACAUAAGAUAUAGUAGGCAAACCAUGUUGGUUUGCCUACAACUAUGUUGCAAGGCCUUCAGAAGACACCUUAAGGCCAGCCUGCAGCAAUGCAGUAUGCAGUCAGAAAACAUGUCAAUCCGAGCCGUAGCCAAGGGAAAACGAAUGUUAACACAGCCUUGACACAAUUUCAACAUAACUACUUGUUUCCUCACUUUGGAUGUACCUUUACUGGAGCUUCUGUCAUUUGUUAUCAACUGUGUUGCAAGUAUAGUUAUCCUCACAUUCUUGCAAUUAAAUAAAUGUUUUCAGAAAACAUAGGACCUUGUUUUGUCUGUGGUGCUAUGCAUGUCAUUGUGUGCACACCGUUCAGGAACUUGUAUUAAAGAGCAGAAAAACAACCAACACUUUCUCACUGUGGCAGCAGAGUUCCCGUUUUAUGACCCACCUGUUGUAGAUCAUACAUUGGAGAGCCGCAAACUUUUGCAUCUUUAUCAAGCUCUGCAGAGCCUUCAAUCACUAGUUCAAACAAUUUCACUGUGAGAGCAAUUAAGAUCUUACAAACGGCUUUGCUGUGUCCACUUGUUUAUUGUUUCUGUUGCAGCACCAUCGCCAUUCUAUUGUUAUUGCGUAGUCGACAGGCCACCGCCUCAUUCUUGGCUGGUAAAGAAAAACAACACUUUGCUCGCUGCCACUGACGAGCACUUCACAGAUCUACUGUGCAACCUUCGUGCACAGCAAUUUGUUCAGGAUACUUUGCACCGUGCAGACUUGGCACAUAGUAGUGUCUGUGCAUGUCUUUCGGAGGACAUGGCAGCAAAUACCGCAGUGGACGAAGACAAUGAACGGUGCGCGAAUUAAAAAAGUUGUUCGGCAGCAUCUGGUGCAAAAGCCUGCUACUGUUAUAAAUAAGUUUAGAGCAGGUGGAAUUGCUGAAUUCUGCAGACUUUUUACCUGCGGCCAAUUUCUUGAAAGGAUAUAGCAUUUGUGUUACAAGAAAGUUGCACAUUUGCACAUGGAAAAUUGCCGCCAUGACUCACAGUUGACUGACACCACGGGAAACGUGUUACAGCAAGCAACAGUCGCGAGUUACAUUCGUUACGUAUCUUGCUGCUGGUGGAUAUUUGUAGCUUGAAUUGGCUCAGUUCUCACGACACACUGGCUAAUUAGGGCACACAUCCUGUUUUCACACACAGGAGGAGGCACAACCAUCUUGGUGACUGGCCGACACCUAACAUUGAGACCGGUUGUCUGCAAUGUACGUCUAGCUUACGCGAGUCUGUAGUUAGGCUUCACGUAUGCAGUGUAUUGAAGACCUGCACAAAGAUGGGCACAGCAAGAGAUUUUUGACAUUGGUAAUCCAAGCAAUAUAUUGCAACAUUCCAAAUCAACACAAAUGCUAUGAAAGAUGUCGCAAUAAAGGACUUAAGGGUAAUUGUGAUGACAAUUCAUCAGUCUAGAGAUUUCACAGCACAUUAAAGAAUCACAAGUGGCUAUGGCAACAAAUUGAACAUGCCAUAUGUUUAGAUGAAUGCCACAGGUGUUCGGCUGCUGCAGUGCGUUAAUGAAACUAUAAUGUAACACUUGCAUACACAAUUCUUUCCAGAGUGAAUGGCACAAGAAGCCCAAGCCUUCUUUAUCCUUCUGUAACAAAAUUCCCCAAAACCAUGGAGGAAGGAAAGCACAGGAGAGGCCCCAGCCAGCACAGACAUAUUGGAGAAAAUGUGGCAGAAGUCGCAUGCCGUUUUUCGCAAAGCAGCACUGGGAAUGGUACCCAUACGUAAACAUUGCCAUAGCAACCACACUCCUGAAGCUCUCACUGCUGCUCUAGGCUUCCGAAAAGUGAGGUAGAUUUUUUCUGCCCGUGUCUUUCUUGCAGCACAUUCUGUCUGCGAGACAACCUGACUUUGGAGUGUGGUGUGUAAGCUUGAAAGUUGUGUUUUGGGUCUGUGAGUAUAAGUUGUCAGUCAGAAAUAGACACACUCAAGUAAUCACGGCAUGGGUCUUCGUCGUCUUCAACUUGCCACAGAAAAGCACAGGAGAGCGUCUGCUUCACUAAAAAUGUUACAAAAGUUUCGUAAGCUCUGUUCUGACGUGCAUCAGCAGCAUGCACCACCAGAGAUGGUAGCAAUACAAGUUCAAAGCUCUGGUGAGCUGAUUGGAGGUGCAACGGGA